UGCCCCAUCCUUGGUGUCAGUGGGGAGAGGAAUAGUGCCCCAUCCUUGGUGUCAGUGGGGGGAGGAAUAGUGCCCCAUCCUUGGUGUCAGUGGGGGAAGGAAUACUGCCCCAUCCUUGGUGUCAGUGGGGGGAGGAAUACUGCCCCAUCCUUGGCGUCAGUGGGGGGAGGAAUA